ACCAGACGCGCACGGGGAUCGGGGCCCCACCUGCCAGCGUCCCUUCCUCGCCCCGCGACAAGCGGCCGCCGGCAAGAGCGAGACCCGCCCCCGGAUCGCCCGCCGGCCACCGCCGCUGAAGAUGACGCGCGCAGCUACGGGCGCGAUCGCCGCGGCGAUCCUGCGCGGGCAGGUCCCGCUCAUGGCGCCGCCGGCGUCGCGCGCGUUCCCCGGCCUCGCCGCCGCCGCGACGCGCGUCGCUCCCUCCUCAUUCUCGUCCUCGACGCGGCUUCGCCACCUCCCGCGCCUCCGCCUCGUUCCAGCGCGCUCAUUCUGCGGCGUAGCCCGCUCGUCUCCCGGCGGCGCGGGCCCUGGCUCCUCGGUGGAGGAGGGGGACCAACCGCUGCAGUCCGAGCUCAUCUUCAUCGGCACGGGCACCAGCGAGGGCAUCCCGCGUGUCAGCUGCCUCACAGAUCCCACCAAGACUUGCCCCGUUUGCACCAAGGCGGCCGAGCCGGGGAACCCAAACAGGAGGCGCAACACCUCUAUCCUCCUGCGCCACGCCACCCCUUCUGGUACUGCUAACAUCCUCGUCGAUGCCGGCAAGUUCUUCUACCACUCUGCGCUCCAGUGGUUCCCUGCAUUUGGGUUGAGGACGGUCGACGCUGUCAUCAUUACCCACUCUCAUGCUGAUGCCAUUGGAGGGCUUGAUUGUCUUCGUGACUGGACAAACAAUGUGCAGCCAUCAAUCCCAAUUUAUGUGGCGGAGCGUGAUUAUGAGGUGAUGAAGAUGACCCACUAUUAUUUGAUCGACACAAGUGUAGUUAUACCUGGAGCGGCAGUUUCAGCAUUGCAAUUCAACAUUAUAAAAGAGGAACCAUUCAUGGUUCACAAUCUUGAGGUGAUUCCUUUACCUGUUUGGCAUGGUCAGGGUUACCGUUCCCUUGGUUUUCGUUUUGCUGACAUAUGCUACAUAAGCGAUGUCAGUGAUAUACCUGAAGAAACCUACAAGCUUCUGGAAAACUGUGAACUUCUUAUAAUGGAUGCUCUAAGACCUGAUCGUUCUUCAUCAACGCACUUUGGACUACCCAGGGCCAUCGACGAAGUUAGGAAAAUCAAACCAAAGAAAACACUGUUUACCGGAAUGAUGCAUUUAAUGGACCAUGAGAAAGUAAAUAAUGAUCUUUCCGCGCUGAUGGAGACAGAGGGUCUUGACAUCCAACUUAGCUAUGACGGUCUCAGAAUACCUGUAAGGCUCUAGAAUUGUUAUUUUAUUUGGAGCACACCCAUUGUUUUAUCAGUUAGGUGCUGCUAAUUAAUGAUUGCUGAGUUUCUUUAGUUCCAAUUGAGUAAAAUGAUUACCAAAUGUAAUCUGUUGAGCUUGGUGCCUUCAGAGGCAACUUUUCAUCCCACCCCUCCUCUUCAAAAGAGGAAACUUAUGUGGCAAUGUCAUACCAUUGUGUUAUUCAGUUGAAUAAAGUCAGAUUAUUGAUUUCUUGAGUCUUUUUCUCUUUCGUGAUAUACUGCACUAUACCAUGGAUCCGGGAGCAUAUGAUGUGGUAUUGUUAAACACAAGCUCAAACCUCCCUGUAAGAUCAGGGAUCAUAUGAGGGAGCAGUUCAUGGGAGCUUGUUUCCCGAAAUCCAUUAAAACAAGAAAAAAGAAGGGGUCAAUCAACCAUUCAGUCUGCAAUAUCAUAUUAGACAAAUGACUACUGGGUACAGAUGAAACUCGUAGCUUGUUUUCUUUGCCGAUUCAUUCUGGAUCCCACAAAAAAUUAGUAAUCUCUGUCCUAGGCCACACAUAAUAAAAAGCUAAUGUCCUGGAAUCGACUACACUCCAGCUGCACGUCCCAGCCUUUCUCUUAGGAUCUUUACUCCCAUGUAUCUGAGCAAGAAACAUGACAAAAAGAGAUUCAGACUCUAAAAUUGGAAUUUAUUUGGUAGCAAAACAAGUUUACCAUACCUGCCCAUCAUCAUGACAGUAGCUUGAGGGUUUGUUCCUGGUGAUCUAGAAAAUAUUGAGCCAUCAACUACACGGAGACCUGAGACUCCAAGCACCCGGUAAUGCUGGUCAACCACCUUCCCCACAUGGCAUCCACCAUGGUAGUGCCAGAUGGUGAUCACUGUGUCCUUGCAAAACUGCUCCAGGGAUUCUGUGUCAUUUGUAUGCUUGGGUAUCAGGUUCACAUUAGCCUGCACACUCAUAUUGAGCACCCUUUCCAUUGAAAAUCCGGUGCCAUCAGCAGAAAGUUCAGAGAAACGGUUUGUCCUGAGAAUCCUUUCAAUGGUCUUGAUACCAUAGACGCAACGAUUGAGAUCCUGUGGAUGACUGAAGUAGUUGAAGGUAACUGCUGGGUUGUUCCGGACAUCAGUGUCUGUGAGGACCAGAUGACCUGUGGACAGAGGACCAUCAAUCUUCUCGAGUAUAAAACCACCAUGGAAUACCUCUUUGGGUAGGUUAAGUUUGUUCUGAGUGUAUUUCUGGGCUGCUUCCAGGGUUCUUUGCUUUGGAGGAAUUGUAGACAGCUGUCCAAUCUGCAUUUGCAGGCAUGCAGUGUGGUAGUGCAUUAGAUUGAUGAGACCAAAGUGAUAACAAAUUUCACAUAAUCAUGACAGGUAUGGUGUCAGUUAUAAUUGAAUUGCAAGAGUUCAGCCCAUGUAUGAAAUUGAGAUUUUCUUUUCUUUGUUUUGCUCCAAGCUGAAAUCCUAGCACAUAAAAACAAAGACUAAACAUAAGGCGUGCCUUAAACACUGCUUACCACAACUAUUUAUUAGAAUGUGCGAUAACAUACACAUGCAUAUCCAUUGUCAAUUAAUGGAUGGAUCUUACUUCUAAAUUAUGCUCUUCAUGUAGCAUACAAUUGCUACAUGCACUUCGUGUAUUGACUAGUUUUUAUGCAUGCUAAAUCUCAAAGAAGCAGGUUCCCUAAUUGUGUGUGUGGCAUUGGUCUGAAACUACCUAUUGUGCUCUACUCUGCAUAAAAAGCAUCAUAGUGUAAUAUGAAGCUUGUGGAAAUAUUGCGCAAUAUGAAACUGGUACGCAAGUGAUAGAUGCCAGACCUCGGCGGCCAUGAUUCCAUGGUGGCAGUGGACACUCUCUGAUGACUGGCCAAAACCACUGCUAGCCUCAAUAAACACACCUUCUUCAGUUAUUCCAACAGUUUCAAUGAGGGACUGCCGUGGAGGGCUUCUUGUGGGUAUGAAGAUGGAGUUCAUGGGGUUGUCAGCCAUCCCUUUACCCACAUAUUUGUUAUGGAGAACCACAGGAAUGUUAUGACUUUUGAGGUGGUUCUUCGGUCCAAUUCCGCUGAGCAGAAGCAACUGGGGGGUGCCGAUUGCACCAGCAGAUACAAUUAUUUCACUAUCUUUGUUGUUGUUCAGAAAUGCAUUGUGGUGUCUCCCAUUUUCAUCAGUGAAUUGGACUCCAAUGGCCCUUGGCUUCAGGCGUCCUGCAUCAGAAAUGAUGUUUCUGAGAAUGGUACGUAUUGACUGCAGUUUCUACUCUUUCUAUUCUUUGUAUUUCAAUAACUCUACUGCUUUGUAACACGACACAGCUUAAGAAGGUUGGAUGCAUAUGUCCUCAAUGAUUACCUUGUCGUGAGUCGAACACUAUCCUGUGCACUCUAGCAUGGAGCAGCACCCUCAGGUUGUUAGGAUCUCCAGCUGCAAGUAAGUCAGCAGCCGUGUGGCGGUACCCGGUCUCGUCAAAAAUGGUGCCACCCACUUUUGUCCCAGAAACAUGAUCGUAGGUAUACCCAUUGAAAGGGGCUACACCUGCUUGUAGCAGCCCAUCCCGUAAUGCAGCCUGCCAAGGUGCGAUCUUAGGCCACUGGACAAUCUUCUCUUCAACCCAAGGGAAGGACUUGUUGACCAGGUCUUCAUCCCAGCCGACCUCCUGGAUGAAGCUGUUGGCACAGUAAUACAGGUAUGUAAGUCACAGCAACUGAAUUACCAACAGGAAUAUUGUCAUAAUAGAAUUAUUGGGAAAAGAAAUAUUGCACCUUUUGAUCAUUGAAUUUUCCUAAUUUAGGUUCAUGAAAACUAUUUAAAAAGAAGUGGUGUCUUGGUAGGUUGAUCUUGAUUCUAGUCGUAGUUGGCCUGAGCUCUACAGGGGCUAGGUUAUUUCUCAGGCUGUCCAGUCAACAUAGUUACCAUAGUCCAUAGCAUCAAAGCAAUUAUGACCCCAUGUGAUAUUGUUUUGUUGCCUCUUUUAAAUCUAGGUUGCUGCUGUAGACUGUAGUGGUACAUAGCUGUACGACUCUGACAAGAAACACGAGGUAGUAUUUUGUUGGGAGAGAACCACAGCAUGUGUUACCCGCAGCGCUAGUCGCAUCUUGACACUAACAAAGCUGAAGCACUUCAAUACACACUAAUCUAGUAUCUGAAUGUUUCUCUUUAAGUAAUCAGGUUAUCCAUGAAACACUCUUUUGUAUGCUAUUUCUCAAGAAUCAGAACUAUAGCUGAUUUAGAACUGUUCUUGUGAUGGUGCCCUAAAACUAGAACAUGUCCAACCAGAAUCAUCAUGUCCAGGGGCGCCGAGACAUAUAUGAUACAUUCAAGUGCAGCGUUUGUGUCCCCUAUGCUGCAAGUGUAGUAGAUAGUAUAUUGCAAGUCUUUAGUGCCUGUUUUGAUAUGGGCUAGCUGCUUUGGCAUGCAUUUUACUUGAUAGUUUCUUUUCUGUGUGAGUGAGUUGAUGUAAGUGCCUAUAGGCCGUAGCCUGAGGGUCCUAUUCGCCCGAAACAUUUCAUUAUGGAUAACUGAAUGCUAUUGGACAUUGAUCUGUAAUAGGCGUUUACUUGUUCUUGGCCAUGUUUGGUUAGACGUCAAAUCAAAAUUACACAAAAAGACGAAUGUCUGCAUGGAGUACUAAAUGAAGUUUAUUUGCAAAAAAAAUUCAAGGAUGGGUGUAACUUUUCGAGACGAAUCUAAUGACGAUAAUUAAUUGAUGAUUUGCUACAGUGAUGCUACAUUGACCAACCUCUAAUCGUGCGGUCAAAGGACUCGUUAGAUUCGUCUCGCAAUUUACACGGAGGGCAAUUUACACGGAGGGCUGUGCAGGUGGUUUUGUAAUUAGAAUUUAUUUAAUACUUCUAAUUAGUGAUCAAAGGUGAAAAAAAAUCCAUCAAUUCCUAACCAAACACGGCCAAGCUUGCUGAAUGUUUCUGUACACUGCUAAGUUGCAGAGUGAGUAAAAGCAGCAGAUAGUAGCUAGCAGUCAGGCAGACCUUACCAUUUAUUUCAUCCUGUUCCUGUGCUAUCACUGCUCUAUUUACCCUAGAACUGACUCUACAGUCGUGAAAGUGACUGGUCAGUGUGCUGCUGGCUGGCUGGAUACAUUAGAUUGACUGAUGUCAAUGCCAUAAUAUAUUGCCUAAGCUAAUAAGCUAACCUUUGAUUUCAACCUGUGCACUUGUUCUCUUGUGCGUGUGUGUGUGUAUUCUUGUGUGACGCUGCCCACUGUAUGCACUGGCAGUAAAAAAAAAAACUGAUAUCGUUUUUCAGGUAGAAAUCUUCUUGUUUGUCAUGCACAGGGGGAGCUAUCAUACCCAGUAUCGAUCAUAAUGCUGCACUAUACCAUGCAUCCAAUGCAUUGCAUACCUUGAGCUGGCCCGGCUGUAGAAGCCAGCAUUGAUACAGGUGCCACCGCCCAACACCCUUGCCCGGGCAUUGAUGACACCGUCGGUGGAGAUGAAGGCCUGCGCCGGCGAGUCCGGCGCCAUAUUCAUCAGCCCGAUGUGGAAGUUCUCCAUGUAGGAGACGUUGCGGUUGCCAUACGGGGAGCCUCCUCUCUCCAGCAGCAGCACCUUGUACUUGAGCGACAGCGUCGCCGCCAGUGGGCAACCGGCGGUGCCUCCACCGAUGACAAUGUAGUCGUACGUCGCCGGGCACCCCGUGCGGUAGCUGCUGGCCUUCCGGAGAGGAGGGAGGUUCUUCAAGGUGAACUGCUUCUUGCCUACAAGGGCAGAUGGUUACGUGGUUACAGUUAACUGAAACUGAGCUCUCACUUUUUGGCAGAACAUGUUCUUGAUCUGAUUGAGCUUAACAUGAGCUCAUGACAUAAGGCUCUGACAUUGUGCCACCGUGGAUGGCAUAUCAUAUCAGGUGCGUAUCUUUUUAUAUUCAUGUCUGUUUCUAUUUCUUCCUAAACAUUACUUUACUCACUAUAUAUAAAUAUGUGAUUGAUAGCCUAACAGAUGGUCUGCCACUUCAGCAUUCUGAAACGAUAGUGGCAGACGCCAACAGGCGAUAUGAUAGCCGAAAACAAAUGCCACCGACUACAAUGACAGAAGAUGGCGGAAAGAGAGUGAUUCUGAAGAACUCUGAAGGAAACAAGAAAGCAGAAGCUGGGAAACAUAUCUUCAGCGCUUCUAAGAGAGACAGUCUUUCAGCAUUGCAGUAUCAGAAUGUGAAACAGAGGCGCUCACCAUGGGACAGCUCGAAGAGGCAGAGGAGGCACGCCAGGAGCUUGAAGAAGAGCACCGCUCCCCUGCUGAACGCCAUUGGACUGAGCCUUGAGAAGCCCCCACCAAGAAAGCCUGGAGGAGCUCUUCACCAGCAACAGGCCAGCUGCUCGACCUGUCGCCCUGCCUCAACCCUCUGCUCCCCACCUCUCAACCUCGCUUGCCGCGUUCGAGCUGGUUUAUGUAGCCAGCCGGCGGAGUGCUUGAAGGAAGGCAACAUCAGAUUGCUGGCUGAGGGCGCAUUGAAGAGAGCUCACCCGCUGCAGUAAGAGCCAUUCAAUGCCGAGGGAGCACUGCCCUGGUACAACCGGGAUUUAUGGGCUUCAUCAACCAACCAACCAUCACAAAGCUGCGGCGAUGGCGCCCCUCCCUAAAUUGCAAGAAUGACAGGCAGCACAGUUCUCCCUCUCUCUUCACUCUCCUACCUUUUCUUUAUUGAUUUCUGGUACCUGUGUUUUUGCCAAUUGGUUGAGCAAACGAGUUAAUAUUGUUUCUUUUUUCUUCACAAUGUAGGUACUGCCGCCAUCCACGAGACCAUGAAUGCCAGCAGCAGGAAAUGCGUGGUGCUGUUUUCAGCGCCAGUUUGUAGAAAAUGUGUCCUGCCAUCUGAGAGCAUCACUUGCAGGAGGAAAUGUGUGCUGGCAAAUCCCAUGGAAGUUUGCAUCCAUAGAUCAUGGCUCAAAU